AACCUCUCCGUUUUUUCCAGAGCCAAUCUCUGCUCCGCGGCUCAGCGCAGCUCCCUAUUGUUUAAACUGGGAGGAAAACAAAAUAACACUCCGCUUGUUCUGUAAUCGCAGCCUUUGAGUCAUUUGUGUUAUUUUUUUUUAUUUUUUGGAGAUCUGAUGCUCGAUUUUCGCCGCUCUGAAUGCUGUAUUCACUGUCAACUUCUCCCGAUUUUCUCCACUUAAGACUUGAGCUGCAUCAUGAAUAGUUUGGGGGCACCUUUCAAUCGCAUACCUCUGGAAUGGUGGGGAUUACACAGCCGAAACCCGGAGAGCAUGUAAACGCAAAUGGAGUUUGGGAUUUAUUGCAAAAUAAGGGAAAGAUGACCGUCUUCUCGUUGUGCUUGCUCUUGUGCGCGGAUCUACUGGAUUUAGCCGUCGGAUAUUUGACAGUUACCAUAGAGCCCCUGCCUCCUGUUGUUGUGGGAGAGACUGUUACUCUCAAGUGUAACUUCAAAACUGACGGAAGGCUUCGAGAGAUUGUUUGGUACAGGGUCACAGAUGGAGGGACCAUCAAGCAGAAAAUCUUCACCUACGAUGCUAUGUUUAAUACCAAUUACUCUCACAUGGAGGACUAUCGCAGGCGUGAGGACCUCGUGUACCAGUCAACUGUGCGCCUCCCAGAAGUACGGAUCUCAGACAACGGGCCUUACGAAUGCCAUGUGGGCAUCUACGACCGGGCAACGAGGGAGAAGGUUGUCCUGGCUUCAGGGAAUGUUUUUCUUACUGUUAUGUCGCCUCCAAACAACAUAUCAGUGGUGGCAGAGAACACUCCAGCCCCAUUCAGUCGAUACCAAGCCCAGAAUUUCACUCUCGUCUGCACCGCGAAAGGAGGGAAACCAGCCCCAUCGGUGUACUUUAAGCGUGAUGGCGAGCUGAUCGAGGUGAUCUCCUACACCCAAUCCUCCAGCGAGCAGGGAGGCGGCGCAGCUGGUGUUAGAGGAGCCAGGCCCCUCAUUAGCAGGGACCUCGACGACACUAAACUGCAGCGCUCCCUCUCCCUACUGGACCCUGAAGGGCGGGCGCCACGUCUGUACACGGAGAGCCCUCAGCGCGUCCACACUCAGGGCCAGCAGGCCUACGAGCCCAGCCCUGCGACAGAGGUCAUCCCAGAGACUGUGGUGAGCCGGGAAUUCCCCCGCUGGGUCCACAGCACCGACCCACUCUACUAUUUUAGCCACACUCACAUCCCCCAGAGUGAUGGCUCUGUGGUGGUGCAGGCCCGACUCACCUGGACCCUCAACCCUCAGCUGGAUAACGACGCCCUGUUCAGCUGCGAAGUCAAGCACCCGGCGCUGUCCAUGCCCAUGCAGACAGAGGUCACUCUAGCUGCUCCUAAGGGCCCUAAACUCUUCAUGUCCCCCACGAGAGCAAAGGUAGGGGACACGGUGCGCAUCACUGUGCAGGGAUUCCAGGUAGGAUCGCCUGGGAAUGAGGUGUUCCCCGAGCCCCUCUUCACCUGGACACGAGUGGGGGGCCGCCUGCUGGAUGGCAGCACCGAGCGAGAGGGGAAGGAGCUGAUUCUGGAGAGAGUGCCAGCCGAGCUCAAUGGCUCCAUGUAUCGCUGCACGGCCCAGAAUCCUCUGGGCUCAACGGAUACGCACACUCGCCUCAUAGUCUUUGAAAAUCCAAGCAUGAUGAAAAACACACAGAAUCAGAACAAUGGAGCCUCCCGUGUGGACGUGCUCGGACUAACGUGGAUGGCACUUGUCCUCACAGUGACAGUGGAACUGACGUGAAACCUCUCAUCCGAGACACUCUCACGCACACACAUACACACACAUACUUGCCCUCCUUACACGACAUCCACACACGCACACAGAGACACACAGAGACACACACUUUCCACAAACCCUGCAAGCCUUCUCCAGUCAUCAACAGGCCCUCCAUGCGUCAGUCGAUCAGGAAACAGCGCCGUCACAGGAUGGCGCUCCACUGUUUUUUGUAAUAAAAUAAUAACCAAGAUAAAUGAUAUCAAAAGAACAACGUGAUGAACAUGACAAUAACCACCUCCUAUAUAGCCCUGCCCAGUUACACCUCUUUUUGUUUCUUGUCCCUCGUCUGCCUGUUGAUCAAUAAAAUCAGUUGAUUUGAAAAGGAAAAAGAAAAAAGCAUUUGGAUUUUAUUUUGACGAGUCGAAUUGUCAUUGGUGUUGACUGAAAUGUAAAAAGUGGAACUGGCUUAGGAUGCGCCACCGUAUCAACCACACCCAUCUGUUACAUGUCCUGGGAUGCACCUGAUUAGCAACAAGCUGAUAAACCACGGGGGAACAAACACAGAUGCUCCAGGAGAACAUUCUUUUUUUAUUAAUAUACAAGUAUUUCCUUUUUUCUGA